CACAAAUGGACCCCCGAGGCCUAUCUCCCAGACAAAUUAAAAGUGACAGUGAUGAUGACGACCUGCCAAAUGUGACCUUAGAUAGCGUUAAUGAAACUGGAUCCACGGCGCUCUCCAUAGCCCGAGCAGUGCAAGAUUCCAUUUCACCCUUCAGUAUUGAGAGCACAAGGCGUCAGAGAAGGUCUGAGUCUCCAGACUCCAGGAAGCGGCGUAUCCAUCGGUGUGACUUUGAGGGAUGCAACAAAGUAUACACAAAAAGCUCCCACCUGAAGGCUCACCGGAGGACACACACAGGUGAAAAACCCUACAAAUGUACCUGGGAAGGCUGCACCUGGAAGUUCGCUCGCUCCGACGAGCUGACGCGGCAUUACCGCAAGCACACGGGAGUGAAGCCAUUCAAGUGUGCGGACUGUGACCGCAGCUUCUCCCGCUCGGAUCACUUGGCGCUCCACCGCCGCAGGCACAUGCUGGUUUGA